AUGAGACAUGGCAAAACUCUACGACUGACUACUGAACUGAUGUUUCUGACCGACGUGACGUUGUCUCAGGACACAUCCAGAUCUAAUAGGUCAAUGACCUUACAAAAAAUAAGUGUAAGGGACGUUAUGAAAGAACACCCACGAACCGCUCCAAUUGGAAUAAGACGUAGGGUGUCGGACUUACCUUGUAAUGCUCGAGACGUUGGGAUAGAGGGAAGGUCUGUGUUAUGUGUCUGUAAUGCUACCUACUGCGACACAGUCACUAGAGACGCUCCUGCAAGAGGGAGGUUCGCUGGAAAGCGUUUCCACAAGGGUGGUGGUCCAAUUCAAAUAGACUUUUCAAGAUCUGAAGAAAGUGCUAAUAAAGUUCACGUCAAUGAGACUUUCCUUGACAAAAUAAAACCCAAGUUUCUAAACUCUGCAUCAUACACAUUAAUCUCGGAAAUUCAGUACCAGAGUAUCGAAGGUUUUGGAGGAUCAGUUACAGAUGCCGCUUCCAUAAACUGGCAAAAACUCUCACCAAGAGCACAGGAUCACUUUGUUAAUUCUUACUUCAGUAAAAACGGUCUGGAGUACAAUUUGAUUCGAACGCCCAUAGGUGGCGCUGACUUCUCUACCUAUCCUUACACAUACAACGAGUACCCCAUUAAUGAUUACAAUUUGUCCAACUUCUCACUAAGCGAAGAGGAUUAUAAGCUAAAGCUUCCAUUAAUCAAACGAGGCCAAGCCGUUUCCACAACGGAUAUUAAAGUGACAGCGAGCACGUGGUCUCCACCUGUAUGGAUGAAGACCAACAACGCCAUCACCGGAUUCGCUCAAGUCAAACCGGAGUUCUACCAGUCAUACGCUGAUUAUCACUUACGUUUCAUUGAAGAAUACGAUAAGGAGAAUGUUACAGUGUGGGCCAUAACAACUACUAACGAACCUAUCAACGGACUGAUUCCGUUCGUUGAUUUCAAUUCACUCGGAUGGUUCCCGUGGGAUUUGGGUCGGUGGGUUGCGAAUAACCUCGGUCCAACUAUUAAGAACUCGAAAUAUAACAAAACAUUGAUUCUGGCUAUCGACGAACAACGUUAUCUCUUGGAUCUUUAUUUGGAAGGGAUGUUAGCAGCCGCCCCAAGAGCAAUCGACUACAUAGAUGGCAUCGCCGUACAUUACUAUGGCAACUUUUUCCCUGCUCAAGUUUUAACGAACAUACAGGAGAGGUAUCCAGAUAAAAUUAUUCUUGCCACCGAAGCCUGUGAAGGUCCAAUGCCGUGGGAUGUGAUGAGAGUGAAGAUUGGCUCUUGGGAACGAGCAGAUAGAUACACGAAACAUAUUAUUGAUGACUUAAAUAACUUCGUCGUCGGAUGGUUGGAUUGGAAUCUCUGUCUGGAUGAAGAAGGUGGCCCAAACUGGGCUCACAACUACGUAGACGCACCCAUUUUAGUCAACGGUGAAAAAGAUGAAUUCUAUAAACAGCCCAUGUUCUACGCUAUGGGACACUUUUCCAAAUUUAUUCCAAGAGGUUCCAAAAGAAUACAAGUUGUGAGGACCAGUAUUGGACACGUCGAAACCGUGGCGUUCAUCACGCCAGAAAGAAAUAUUGUGAUGGUUUUACAUAACCCGAACAAUUCUGUGAUGAGGGUUCGAAUAACAGUAGCUUGGAGGAGGUACAUUGAUGUCACCCUUGAUCCAGAAUCAAUACAGACUGUUGAAGUAAACCUCAACUGA